ACUAUGAUUGUGAAUAACCGCGUAUUCAGUCACUGACUGCAGUUAUUUAUGGUGUGUGUGUGUGUGUGUGUAGACAGCGUCGGUAUAAUUAGUCGAAUUCGCUUUUAAAGGGGCUGUCACUCGGGACACUCAGCGCUGUCUUCACGAUCCCUUUAAGACGUUUUGCCAGCAGUGCGAGUGAAGACUUGAGCCUUCUGAAGUUUAUUUUAAUUUUUUUAUUUUGUUUUUGAGCUAUUCCCUUUUUUGUUCCACUUAUUCUCGUUCUUAGCCCAAGGCAUCUAUACCGAAACUUACAUCAUGGCUGAGAUAUCGAAAGGGGUAAACGCCGGGAAAUUGGCUAGUAAUGUACAUAAAAGGAUAACCCGGGUACAGGAGAAGAUGAUGCAGAAGCUGGGGAAGGCUGAUGAAACCAAAGACACAGCAUUUGAUGAGGAUGUGGCUAAAUUCAACAAGCAGAUGACAGAAGGCACUAAAAUGCAGAAAGACCUGAAAGCAUAUCUGGAAGCAGUCAAAUCAAUGCAUGAGUGUUCGAAGCGACUACAAGGCUGCCUAGCAGACAUGUAUGAGCCAGACUGGCUUGGGGAGGAGGGAAUGGACAUCACUGAGGAGAUGAUGGAGAAGAAGAUUGAUGAUAAUCUGCAGGACAUAGAUGUUCUGUGGGGAGAUUUCCAUCAGAAGCUUGUGGACAGUGCACUCAUCUCAUUGGAUGCCUACAUGUCUCAGUUUCCUGAAAUCAAGGCACGCAUCGCUAAGCGUGACAGGAAGCUGGUGGAUUUUGAUAGUGCCAGACAUCACUUUUCCUCUGUACAGAAAAGUAAGAAGAAGGAUGAGGCCAAAAUUGCCAAGGCAGAGGAAGAGUUGGGAAAAGCCCAAAAGGUGUUUGAAGAAAUCAAUUAUGACCUUCAAGAGCAGCUCCCAUCUUUGUGGAACAGUCGUGUUGGGUUCUAUGUGACCACCUUUCAGAGUAUAGCCAGGCUGGAGGAGAAGUUCCACAGAGAGAUGGGCCAACUGAACCACAACCUGUGUGAUAUUAUGACCAAGCUUGUGGAACAGCGACAGACUAAAAAUGCUACUAUGGAAACUACUGAGAAGAGUGAAGUAUCAGCCAACCACAAUGUCACAUCAGAGUCUGGGUCUGACAUAUCUAAACCAGCAUCUAAGACACAAGCAGACACACCAGUGACCGAUGGCAGAUCUAAUACUGAGCUUCCACCAGGAGUUCUGUAUAAGGUGACAGUGAUACAUGACUAUACAGCCACAGACAAAGACGAGCUGGACCUUAAAGCUGGGGACACUGUACUAGUACUACCUUUUGUCAGCCCUGAUGAGCAGGAUGAAGGAUGGUUGCUAGGUGUGAAAGAGUUACACUGGAUUCAAAAUAAGGACCUUACUGCAAAGGGCGUAUUUCCUGAAAAUUUCACUCAGAGGUUGUAAACAGGGUGUCUAUAUUUAUGCACCUCCUUAACUAUUUCUGGUUCAACCAUUAUCUUUUUUUUUUUUAUCCCCCAUUUGCUUACUUAUAUGCCCUGUUCUUUUUUUUUUUCUGGUUUGGAUGAAAAAAUAUCAAUCACUAUAUUUUGUUUUCAAGAAAUUAUUUCCUGCACUGUGAUGUAUCAUGGCUAGAGGUAGACUGCAUUAUAAAUGGACAUUGCAUUUUACGGUAAUUUCUGAAUGUGACAUUCAUACAACACACUUGUGUAAAAAAAAAACCUUGCAAAAUGUGGUGUGGACUUUUUAACAUUUCUACUGAUCCUUUAUCUUGUGAUUGUGUUUGUAAUCAGCUAUAAGAUUGACAGUUUCAGAGAAAUACAUCCAGAAAGUAUUAAAGAAAUAUGAGUACUGAGUGAAAUUAAUAUUUUGAAGUAGUUGACUUGUACUGUUCUGCUUAACUUGUGAUCAAGAUACUUUACCUUACCUUAUUAUAUUUUAGGGUUCUAUUUCACUCCUCAACCAUCAGGAGGUGGUAGUUAACACCUGGACAUUUUCUUGUGCACCUAUGCUGAGACCGUACCACAGAGUCACGUGGUGGCUGUAUAAAAUAGUGCAAUGUAAAAUAUUACGGUCACUGGCUGGCUGUCCAUUUUAUUCUUUUUAGCCUUGUUGAAGCCUAGUCUUAACAUGCAUCCUGGGUGAUAAGGCAGCUCUAAGUACAUGUAUGAAUAGGGUCAACUGCAGAUUGGGAUUUGAUUGCUCAGACCACAUUCAGAGGUGGUCUGGGCCACCUGUCAGUGUGGGAAACAAGGCCAGACUGGCGGACAUUGAUGAGUAAUUUUUGCGUUUGUCCGUCUGUAUUUCAAAAGCAUCGAACCAGAUGGCCGAUUUAAAAAAAAAAAAAUCAGGGCUCAACAUUAGCAGUAGUCCAACUGGACAGGGCAAAUAAAUGUUCAGUCGGGACAAGUCAAAUCCACAUCUGCUUGUCCAACGGGACGAGUUGACUUAUUGUCAACUAGUCUCCCGCAUAUCGAUAGCAGCUCCCUGAGAGACAGCGCAAGCACAUGCUCAUUGCUCUAUCUUAUUAAGUAGACCAAUCAGUGUUCUGUGUGGGCGGGCUUUACGUCUUCUCUCCCUGACGGAGAGUCCAUCAGUUCAGUGUAUCCAGGAGCGUCGUGAUAGAGUGCCAAAACAGAAAACUGCACUUCACCUCAGAUACACGAAAGUGUCCCCUUGCCUAAUAGGGGUAAAAUAACGAGGGUGUUGUGCACUGUACUGUUUGUAACAGUGACUUUAGCAUUGUCCAUGGCAGGUUAAACAAUUGUAAAAGACAUGUUGAGGUCAGUUUAACAGUGUUAUGUGUUUAUGCGUAUAUUAUUAUUUAUACUCACUGGCUGACUGCUAAGGCUACAUGAUGAGGCCAAACUCCUUGAAAACUUGAUUAAAGUUGCAAUAGAAUAUAAAAUAUGAGUUAAAUAAUAGUAAUAAGCAAUUUACAUAAAUAGUAUAAGUAGUCUACAUAUUUUGUCACAUUUUCUACAUAUAGGCCAAUCUAAUUUGGUUUACAGAUGAGAGAAAAUUACUCAGAGUAUUACAUAUAACCGCCCCAGACAAUGUAGUUAUGAUACCUUACGCUUUUAUAUCUUUUAUGGACCACAUCUUUUAGAGAUUGUUGAAAAUCACCAUUUUUAUAGUAAUUAUUCAAGAGUCACAUCAAUAAAGUUCCAACAAAACUAGUUCAAUUCUCACAGUGAUCCAGCCGUGUUAUUUUUUAUGAAAUUCCGGGGAAGCUGAGUACAGUAGGUGUGUGUGUAAAAAUAACCACAUUGUAAUAUCUAAUUAUAGAUUAAUGGAUUCGGAAUUCAUCGAAAUCAGAGAAAUGGCAAUCAAAUACCGCAAUCAAAUAAAUAUCUGUGGUAAAUCUUCAUUUCAUUCGGACUUUUUAUUGUAUUUUUCUUUUAUAUGGUUCACAUUAACACAUUAUCGUAAAAUAUUUUGGGGGAAUUUGACGACAGUGCCGAACUCACUCACGGUUUGUUUUCAUUCACAACGUAAUUUUGUCACCCUUAUCAUGUCCAACUUUUCUUUUGGUUUCAUUUCAUUAAAUUAAUUUAUACUUCAAGUUUUACUGGAUUAAUCAAGAUUUAACUUUGUUUUGAAUUUGGGCGAGUCUAACUCUUAAAACUGCAGAUCGGGUAAUGGGUUAUAAUAACACAUGCACCAUAAUAGGGCAUGAGUUAAUCAAAGAUAGACUGCCUUUCAGCUUUUUCAAAUUUAGGCUAUAAAAAGAAUUUUCCCUGACACCCAAUUAUUUUUGUGUAGUGGACUGAAAGCUACUGAAUUUGAAUCACAGACUUCCAAUUUUAUUAGUUUUUUUUUUUCAAUAGAGCAAUUAAUGAAUUUAGGGCCACGUGGCCCUAAAUUCUCCACUAUUUUUUCUUGCUUCACCGUGACCCAGUUCAAGAUACUACUUCAUGCACCACAUGGUGGGCUUUCCCUGUUCGUUUAAGGCAUUGUGGGAUACAAAUUUGAAACAGGAGAGGAAAAUGGAGGACACGAAUGAAAUGUGAAAGACCGACUACAGUAAAGUAAAGCAAGAUGAAAAUAUGUUAUGUUGCGAAGGAAAGUAACAUACAUGUCAACCCCUACGGAUUUCCCGUAUUCCCUACAGAUUUUGGCAUUUUAAAAAUGGUACGGGCGUAGUGGUAUUCAACUAUGGAUUUUUCUACAUUUUCACCUUAAAAUUAUUUUGAUUUAUUACCAUCAAAAAAAUCGUCAUGAAAUACGAAAAUGCAUGGGACCCGCCAUUUUCUACAUUUAGAAUUACUCAACCGGUACUUCUGCUAGUACCAACAAGCCAUUCUGAAUGUCUGAGCAUGCGCAAUUGUGAUUUUCCUGCACACCGAGCGGGAAAUAACAGCACGUAGCGUAACAAUAGACAGGCCAAGAGGUCAAGAUGUCGGCACCACCGAAGAAAAAACUCAAAACAUCUAAAACUGGAGGUCGCUUUCUUCCCGAAUGGACAGAAACAUUCAAUGGAAUAAUUAUCGCUUCCAAAAUGGGUGCUGAGUAUGUCAACUGCACAAUUUGUUGUAGAGACGUGAAAGUGUUUGCCUCUGGAAUUUACGACGUGAGGGAACACAUGAAAUCUCAAAUGCAUGUGAAGAAUGCAAACCAGAAAAAGAGACAGCCGUAAAUUAAUUUCUUCACGCAAAAGCCAACAAAGGUUGUAUCUGACACUAUCUUAAAAUCAGAAGUGGCAUUUUGCAAUUUCAUUGCUCAACACAACCUCCCGAUGUCCGUCGCAGACCAUUUCAUGGAACUCGUCCCUACACUAUUUCCAGAUAGUGAUCUAGCAAAGAAAUUCAGCUGUAAACGGACCAAGGUGACUCAGAUUAUAAAACAAAGUCUAGCACCAGAGGCCACUUCUCCAGUGAUAGAUCAUUGUAAGACUAUGCCCUUUUCUGUAAUGAUUGAUGAAAGCAAUGAUAAAAAGAGUGACAAGAGACUGGCAGUGCUUGUCCGAAUUUUUGACGUGAAUGUUGGGGCUCGAUCCAGAAUUUUGGACAUGCCAGUGUGUAACAUUGGUACAGCGGAGUCAGUUUUCAAAACUUUGGAUGAAGUAUUACAGUAUGUAUGUUAUGUCCAUUUCAUGUUAUGUCCACUAAAUUUUGUUGAACUGAUAUAGGGUUAAGAAAACACUGACUGUUGUUUAAUUGAGUGUUAACAGGAUGUACAGAAAUAAAUCAGUGCAUAUAUUAGGUAAGAUCUGAUAAAUUUUUAUUGUGCAUGAAAUAUUACUAUGGAUUUAGUAUGGAAAUUAUGGAUUUCUUUACCAGGGAGUACAGGUGAGAGCCGUGAGGGGUUGACAUGCAUGAAGUAAAUGCAGGACCAAACUAAUAAAUAUUGGCAGUCAGCGAGCACAUCAGUGUGAUCAGCUGUUCGUUUAGCGACAGAAUGAUGUAAAUCAGUGCAUGGUCAAGGUAAACCUAUAAAUGGCAGUAAUGCAACACUGGAUGCCAGCUGCUGUAAAACCCAAAAGAAGAAGGAAAAGAAGAAGCAGGUAAACCUGUGCAUGUGCACACCAGACUUCUUCUGUCUGCUUGACUGUGCAAAGUGAACAAUUUCAUGCACAUUAUU